ACUGGGUCGUCGGAGAACUCAAGUCUUUGACUCGGGGGAAGAUGCAUUUCUUUGGACAGGUUGUGCCCACCAGGGGGCGCAAACGUUCCAGAAUCCUUGAGGCGGACCAGCCCCAGAUCGUCAAAACGAAACAGGUGCUCCCGAGCCAUCCCCGAGUGGAGAAGGUGGCGCUUUCCUCCGACAUCGUGACGACUUCCGCGCAGGAGGGAGGACCGAGUGAGUGAUCCGAGCACCGCCACCACUACCGCCGCAGAGGGAGAGAGAGAGCGAGAGAUGGCGGAGUGCGGCCGGAAGGCGCUGUCCCUCCUGGAGGCGGCCCGCUCCCGAUACGAGAGCCUGCAGAUAUCCGACGACGUGUUCGGCGAGUCCGGGGACGACAGCAGCGACAACCCGUUCUACAGCACCUCCGGGGACUCGGACUCGGACGACUACAUCGCCGAGGUGGGCGAGGAGCAACAGCACCACCACCGCCGUCAUCAUCAUCCUCACCACUACCAACACCACCAGCACCAGCACCACCAGAGACGGGCCGACAGGGAGAGCUCACACGGCGGCGGAGGAAGCCCCGGUCCGCCCGGUGCUCUGUCCCGCAGCCAAGCCGAGGAGGAAGGCUGGAAGGAGACCGUGCAGGACGUCACGGUGCCGCCGUUUAAAGGCUCCUACGGCCCCGCUCAGAAGAUGCCGGCGACCGCCAGCGCUCUCGACUUCUUCCAGCUCUUCGUCCCGGACAACUGCAUCCAAAACAUGGUGACGCAAACCAACAUGUACGCCAAGAAGUUUCAGGAGCGCUUCGGCUCGGACGAGGGCUGGCGUCCCGUCACGGCCCAGGAGAUGAAGGCCUUCGUGGGCUUCGUCACGUCCACCAGCGUUCACCACUGCGAGUCGGUGCUCAGCAUCUGGAGCUCGGGCUUUUUCAGCAACCGCAGCAUCGCGCUAAAAAUGAGCCAGGCGCGCUUCGAGAAGAUCCUCAAGUACUUCCACAUUGUGGCCUUCAGGCCGUCGCAGGGAAGCAACCAGGGCCUGUACAAGAUCCAGCCCUUCCUGGACUCGCUGCAGCAGGCUUUUAGCUGCACGUUCAGGCCUUCGCAGACCCAGGUUCUUCACGAACCCUUGAUCGACGAGGACCCGGUCUUUAUCAGCACCUGUACGGAACGUGAGCAGAGGAAGAGGAAGAAGAGGAAGUUCAGUCUUUGGGUUCGACAGUGCACCGCCACUGGAUUCAUCUGUCAGAUUUCGGUGCAUCUGAAGGAGGGCCAAGGUGCGGACGGCCUGGCUGCUUUGAAGUACAAACCUCAGCUGCACAGUCUGGUGGCCAAGCAGCUGUGCCAGAACAUCUCGGGCAAAAACACCAUCGUCUUCACGGGCCCGUCCAUCACCAGUCUCAGCCUCUUCACAGAGUUCAGCAAGCAAGACAUCUACUGCUGCGGUCUGCUGAGCACCAGGAAGAGCGACUGCACGGGUCUGCCUCAGAGCAUGCUGGUGUGCAGCUCCACGCCGGCGCAGCGCGGCCAGUGGCGAGUGAUGAUGCAAGGCAGCAUGUCGCUCAUCAGCUGGUACAACAAGGGACACUUCAGGUUCCUCACCAACGCGUACUCGCCCACUAAACAAGGUCUGAUCAUCAAGAGGAAAAGCGGCGAGGUUCCGUGUCCCCUGGCGGUGGAGGCCUUCGCGGCGCACCUCAGCUACAUCUGCAAAUACGACGACAAGUUCAGCAAGUACUUUAUCUUCCACAAGCCCAACAAGACGUGGCAGCAGGUGUUCUGGCUGAGCAUCAGCAUCGCCAUCAACAACGCCUACGUCCUCUACAAGAUGUCCGACGCUUACGCCGUCAAGCGCUACAGCCGGGCGCAGUUCGGAGAGAGACUGGUGAAGGAGCUGCUGGACGUCGACGACGAAUGUUCGCCCACGCCUUGAGGCGACGAGGGGUUCCUUCACACACUCCCCCUACCCGACACACACAUUCACAUUCACACAAUUCCUCGCGCCUGUACAGACUGUGUGUCACCAUGCCGAAGCAGUGCCAACUUGUGCUCGGGUCCUUAUCGGUUGUACUGUAAAAGAUAUGUAACAUCACUUAUCCAGUUGGAGCAGUUGCAGGAUGGAGAGGAUUGAUGCCUAUAAAGAUUUGUCAAAACAUUA